AGAAAACGAGAAACCCAAAGCAGACGCUUAUCGAACAGGAUUAUUGCGGGGAAUAACCGGAACGAAAAAACAAAAAAAACCUUGAAGUUGUGUUUGUAUAAUAAAUACGCAAGUUGCUGGCGGCUCAAAUAUUCCUUAAGGGGUCACCAAAAUUUCCUAUAUAGUGAGUGUGCUGAUCUUCGUCGCCCUGGUAGAAUGCCACGAUAAACCGAGCAUGGCUAAUGAACAAGAAUUUUUCCUGCGUUGGAAUAAUCAUCAGUCCAAUCUCAUAACUGCAUUUCAUGACUUGAGGAUUGGUGAAGAUUUUGUUGAUGUAACCCUAGCUUGUGAAGGCCAAAGCUUACAAGCUCAUAAGGUGGUAUUGUCAGCCUGCAGUCCAUUUUUCAGAGAUUUAUUAAAGACAACACCAUGCAAACAUCCCGUUAUUGUUUUGAAGGACAUUCUUUUUUAUGACCUUUUAGCAUUAAUUGAAUUUGUUUAUCACGGAGAAGUGAGAGUCAAGCACCAAAGACUUCCAUCUUUUCUGAGGACGGCCGAAGUCCUUAAAGUUCGUGGUCUCACGGAAUCUUCUUCUGAAUUGAAAACUUGUCAGUUGUCCGAGAAUAGUUCGUCAGUUCUACGUGUACGCAAUAAUAACUCUCCGUCAGUAUCCGAUUCCAUAUCGGAUAAUGACUUGAUUACAACUCAGUUGGGGGACUCUUCACUGUUUUCUUCAGGUCCAGCAAAUAUCAGAUCCGAUUCAAUUGGGAAUUUGGCGAACGUUAAAAUAGAAGAAGUGGAUCUCGAUUCGGCUUCUGAUGAAAAUGACGAUUUAAUGGGAUCUCCUGAAACAUUCCAAUUUCAACAUGAACGGGAUAUCGCUACAAACGGUGAAGAAAGAAAAGAGCAACACAGAGAGGAGGAUGGGUUAAUUCCGCCUCUGUUAACUCUUCAGAGUUUCGCAAGGAUACCUGUGUCAGCCACAGAAGAUAUCGCUCCACCAUUCAGCCAAUAUUCAAAUCGAGGGUUUUCUGUACCCGGUCGUGAUGAAAGACGGCAACAACGAGAAACAUCUGAUCAAAAUGAAUGUGAAAUUCAUCCUAGCCGGGCACCUGGUCGUAUGUCAACUUCUGACCGACCACGAUGGCCUUGCCCAUUCUGUAUGCGACUCUUGUCAAGUCGCUCCAGCGUAAGGCGACAUAUUGAGGACCGACAUACUAACGACACUUCACGACAUCCCUGCCCUCUCUGUGAACGUCUUUACAGAACCCGAAACAGUCUUCAGUAUCACCUGUCGACUGCCCAUCGGGAUCGUGAACCCGGUCCUAGAGGCAGACCGCGAACCCGUCCACGAUCACCGAUGGAGAAUAACGUGACCCAAAAUAAAAGCCCUUUUGAAUCUGAAAUGAGUUCUGGAUAUCAGUGCAGCAUCUCAGUGCCAUGCGUCAAUUUGAGCAGGAAUUCUUUAUCGAUAAAUCAGCAACCAUCAUCGACGGGUAAAGGUAACCCGUCAGGAACUAAAAGUCCUGAUGAGUCGGAAAUGAACCUAGGAAAUCAGAUCAAUAAUUCUCAUCCAUGCACAUACUUAAAUCGUAGCCCCCCUGCUGCGCUUCCUCCAGCGUAAAUUGUUGCAAAUAAGCAAAUUUUAAUGAUACGCUUGGGGUUGUGAAAAGAAGUAAUCACAUUGGUUUUCAUCAAUGCGAAUACUUGUGACGAAGGCUUUAACAAUGGUUAAAAAAUACUGAAACGUCGGUGCCUUCGUUGGAGGAACGAAAGAAGGAAACGGCACUUAAGGCGUUUGGUGUUUUGUUUUUAGACAUACUAGCUGUGCGAUUAACCGCUACAACUCUGUACAAGUAUCUAUCAUUAUAUGUAGGAUAUAAGGAAAAAAUUCGAAUUCUAACUUAAAUGCUCUUAAUUGUCUCACUACAUGUAAAUUCCUUUUAUGUUUUUAUGACUUGUUAACUGUUUCUCCAAACUCUAUCCAGAAAGGCCUGUGCCAUAUCAAACCUUUUGUUCUUUGGAAGCGAAACGUAUCGAUUUAGUACGUUUGCUGAUAUUUAUUUAGAUUUGAAGCAUUAGCAAUCGGCACGGACAGCUGGCUUGUAGCUUCGGCCAGCACUGUGUGCUCUAAACUCCUACCGAUUGCAAUCGUAGUAAAAUGUUGUACGAUAUGUACGUUCCCUCUUUCUUUUACCUAUGUGAUAUACAGAAAAUAUACUCUAUCUAUGUGCCGUGAA